AUUCGUAAAUGUCAGUGUAAACAAUACAAAACAAACCUUUUACUUUAUUAAUAAUAUUAGUUUUAUUAUUACUUACAUCCCUUCUUUCCUGCACUUAGCUAAAUCUUUUAUUAUAUUAUUUGAAUAAUGGGCAUCGUUAAUAGUAAGGAGCCCAGAAGAAUAAGCUUUGACAACACACUUUCUGUAAAUCCAACGCUUGUUGUAAAUCCAAGUGUUGCUGUGGAAAAAUCUAUCACUGAGCAACCGGAAACAAAUGUUUUUCAACUUCCUCACAUCGAACAUACAGAAAAUAUUUUCCAUGACGUCCCUCCUAAGUCUCCUUUAAAGAAUAUUGAUUCACCUGAGAGUGAUGUUGAUUAUAAAUACUGGGCUAAUCGAGUAGAGGGAUUGAAAAAAGAACAUCAAAUUAUCAAAGGCAUUAUCGAGUCAGAAUUUAUUAACACUCUUAAAACUACAAAUGAAAUUUGCCCUCCACAAGUAAUAACGCAAGAAAAAAUUCAAAAAGUGAAACCUUGUGUAGAUUGGCGCUUUAAGGCACCUAACAUUAAUGAUUUCACCAUAGUGAAACCCAUAAGUAGGGGAGCAUUUGGCAAAGUGUUUCUGGCUCAUAAGAAAAGCAAUAAGGAAAUGAUGUAUGCCAUUAAAGUGAUGAAGAAGUCAGACAUGAUUAACAAGAACAUGGUUGCACAAGUGGUGACAGAAAGAAAUGCAUUAGCCUUAUCAAGAAGCCCCUUUUGUGUGCAUCUAUACUAUUCAUUGCAGUCCGUCUCAUCAGUUUAUUUGGUCAUGGAGUACAUGGUUGGAGGAGAUUUGAAAUCACUUCUCGGAGUUUACGGUUUUCUAGAAGAGUCAAUGGCCGUGUUCUACAUUGCUGAAAUAACACUGGCUCUGGACUACUUGCACCGGCACCACAUUGUGCACCGGGACCUGAAGCCAGACAACAUGCUCAUUGCUAAAAGUGGCCAUGUUAAGCUCACAGAUUUUGGAUUGUCUACAAUAGAAAUCCACAGAGAUCUGGAAAUAUCAGACUUUGUGAACCGCACUCCCAGUUUGAACAUGCGGACUCCGGGACAGCUGUUGUCUCUGACAUCUCACUUAUCAUUUGGUUCUGGUGGCAAAGAUAGUACACAAAACUCAAUCAUGUCCACCGAUGCCUGUGAGAACCUUAUCAAUGAACUUACAGAGACUAGUAAAUUAGGAGGCAUGUUAGGAAGUGGACUGGAUCAUUCAGAGUUAUUGGAACAUUCCCAAAUAUCAGGAAUCCAUCCGUUCAUGAGUGCUGAAAGCAUAAACUUGGAUGAACCUCCCCAAGACUCGAGCUCAUCAAUGAACUCAUUCCACACAUGUGAGAGCUCAAAGAACAGCAGCAACUCUCGAGGCAACAAGUCGACGGACCUCAGCAGCGCUAACGGGUCCUCGCUCGAGGAGAACCACUCCUCGCUCACCGACCACUCCACGUCGCCGCUGUGCAGGGGACAGUCUCUCAAGAGGAUCCCCAGUUUUCGCGCCAAGAAGCGUAAGAGAAUACUGGACAACGACGGGGACACGCCCACCGGGGUCACCAGCCUGCUCGAGUCUAAGGAGAACCACAGCGGCCUCACGCAGGAGAUCAUGGCCCUGGAGCUGAGCCAGAACACGCCCAAGCGGAUAGCCAUACACCCCACUCCGGACCGCAGAAAGAAUCCCAUCAAGGGAGUAUUGAAGAAAAGAUGGGCUUCCCAAAACGACAGUCAUCAUUUCAAUGUCGGUGUAAUAUUUUCCACGCCCGUGUCGAACUCGAAGUCGAAAGAAAGCAAGAGAUUAAAAGAAACUCGGUUCAAUCUCCCCAAAGACGAUUCAGUGUUGUCUUCGGUCGCGGAAAAGUCUAUGGUGUUCAGUAAACAUAUUUCUACAAGCUUAGAAAUAUUCCCAACAAGGCGACUAAGCAGGAGCGAAGUGAACAAGUCCCCCACAGAGUGCAAGACGCCGCUGGCCACGGCCCACACCCCGUACCGCACGCCCAAGAGUGUGCGCCGCGGGAACCAGUCCGACCAGCGGAUACUCGGCACCCCUGAUUAUUUGGCACCGGAGCUGCUGUUGAAACAAGGUCAUGGACCUCCGGUGGACUGGUGGGCCCUUGGAGUAUGUCUGUACGAGUUCAUGACAGGGGUUCCCCCCUUCAACGACGAAACCCCACAGGCAGUCUUCAAAAACAUACUUUCCAGAAACAUCGAAUGGCCGGAAGACGAGGAGUCUCUAUCAACGGAAGCGAUGAGUGCAAUAGAGGCCCUUCUCACGAUGGAGCCUGGCGACCGGCCGGCGGCGGCGGCCGUGCGGGACAUGCCCCUGUUCAGGAACAUCGAGUGGGAGCGACAGCUGGAAGCAGAGCCGCCGUUUGUGCCAACACCUGAUGAUCUACACGAUACGGGGUACUUUCAAGCUCGGAACAUUCUACAGCAGCUGCAUGUGUCCAACUUCGAUAUUUAACGUAAGCAGACAGAUUAAGAUAGUAUGGUAUGUUUUUAUAUUUCUAAGAUUUGUGUUCAAUGUGAUGCUAUGUUUUUGUAAAAUAGUAUGUAGUGAAAUUAAUAUUUAUGUUAAGGUAGUUUAAUGAUUUUAUAAUUAUUGUUUUAAAUUAUGUACAGUCUUUUUUAAACAACCAACUAUAAACAUUAUCAAUACAAACUCUCAACAUAUUAUUACGCACUGAUUGCCUGCAUUUAAGAACGAUGUUAUUUUACAAAUGAAUUUAAAAAUAUGAUCUGUAGUACCUAAACCUAUAAUACUACCUAGUCGUUAUAG